UGUCUGGAUCUGAAUUCGGCCAGGGUCCAGGAUGACAAUCCGACACCAGGGCCAGCAAUACAGGCCCAGGAUGGCCUUUCUCCAGAAGAUCGAAGCAAUAGUGAAGGACAUGCAGAACUCCGAGACGGGGGUCCGAAUGCAGAACCAGAGGGUCCUGGUCACCAGCGUCCCUCACGCCAUGACAGGAAGUGACGUUCUUCAGUGGAUCACCCAACGGCUGUGGAUCUCCAAUCUGGAGGCCCAGAAUUUGGGCAACUUCAUUGUCAAAUAUGGCUACAUUUACCCCCUGCAAGACCCGAAGAACCUGAUUCUCAAGCCGGACGGCAGCCUCUACCGAUUUCAGACCCCAUAUUUCUGGCCCACCCAGCAGUGGCCGGCUGAAGAUACAGACUACGCCAUCUAUCUGACCAAGCGCAAUAUCAAGAAGAAGGGGAUUUUGGAAGAAUAUGAAAAGGAAAAUUACAAUUUCCUGAACCAAAAGAUCAGUUACAAGUGGGAUUUUGUCAUUAUGCAGGCCAAAGAGCAGUACAGAGCUGGCAAGGAGAGGAACAAAGCCGACAGGUAUGCCCUGGAUGGCCAGGAGAAGGCGUAUUGGCUGGUGCACCGCUGCCCUCCGGGAGUGAACAACGUGUUGGACUACGGCUUGGACCGAGUGACCAACCCAAAUGAAGUUAAGGUAAACCAGAAACAAACCAUCACGACUGUCAAAAAAGAGAUCAUGUACUACCAACAGGCCUUGAUGAGGUCCACGGUGAAGUCCUCUGUGUCCCUGGGAGGGAUCGUCAAGUACAGCGAGCAGUUCUUGUCCAACGACGCCAUCAUGUCAGGCUGCCUCCCCAGCAACCCUUGGAUAACAGAUGACACGCAGUUCUGGGACCUAAACGCCAAAUUAGUGGAAGUCCCAACCAAGAUGCGGGUGGAACGAUGGGCCUUCAACUUCAGCGAAUUGAUCCGCGAUCCCAAGGGCCGGCAGAGCUUCCAGUACUUCCUCAAGAAAGAAUUCAGCGGGGAGAACCUGGGAUUCUGGGAAGCCUGUGAGGACCUGAAGUAUGGAGAUCAGUCCAAGGUCAAGGAGAAAGCGGAGGAGAUCUACAAGCUCUUCCUGGCCCCAGGGGCGAGACGAUGGAUAAACAUAGACGGCAAGACCAUGGACAUCACGGUCAAGGGGCUACGGCAUCCCCACCGCUACGUGCUGGAUGCUGCGCAGACCCACAUCUACAUGCUCAUGAAGAAGCUCAAGCCUCCCAUUUAUGCGCCGCCACCUCCGCUCCAGCCCCAGCCCCGUCAUCCUGAGGCAGCUGGAAGAAGAAGCCAAGGCUCGAGAAGAGGCCAACACCGUGGACAUCACCCAGGUCAUGAGCAAGCUGGACCGGAGGAGCCAACUCAAACAGGAGCCGCCUCCUCAAUAACUGUGCAGCCUUGGCAGUUGGUGGGGUGGGAUGGGGGACAGACCCAUGGGGAAGGCAAGUCAAGAAAGGUAGGGUCAGCGUCAUGGUCCUUUCUCCAACUUCCCCCCUCAUGGGGCAGUGAGGUCACCAGAUUCAUCCUACAUCCCGCUCACAUCCUGCAUUGGCUUGACUUCCCAACCCAGCUCCCAGAGUGGGGGCUCACACGUCAACUCACCGAGGGGCAGGGCUGCUUAGGGAGGGAGUGUCACCUGGCUCAGGUGCUGGUGACAGCCUAUCCUACUUCCUCAUAGUGAGAACUGGAAACAGCCUGGUCUGAUUUGGGAGACAGUAAACAGGCAUCCCCUCAUCCUCAAGGGAUGUGGGUCUAGUUUAAUUUUAUGAAGCUCCUUGCUCCAUGCUUACAACUUAGACUCUGCUUCUAAAAUGCUCUUAGAGGGACCCCUGAAGGGACAAGUUCACUGUUUCCCAAAGUGGAUGAUGCACCCCCCUCUUCAGAAGGGGGAGGUGCUAGAAGGAUCUGACAGGGGCUGCAAAAGUGUAUGCCGACACUUCUCUUAGAUGGUGGGGCAGUAGUUCAAAAGUUUCCAUUGGCCGGGGUGGGGCUGGGGGUGCUGAGUACAUAGAUAUCAUUUCUUUUUCUACAAAGGAGGUGUUAGACUAAGUGAGUUUGAGGACGAUGGGCUAGUCGCAGAGCUUCCCUCUAGCUGAACUGCUGCUGGUCUCAGCUGUGGCACCUCGGAUCUCUCUGCCACCGAGCUUAGUUUUUCAAAUCACUGUUACCUGAGGGUGGGGGGCUCUCUCUUCCUCCCUGCCUCCCCAACUCCUUCUCCCACUGGCUCCUGAACGUUCACGGGAAAUGGAAUGAAGAGAUCAUGGAAUGUUCCCAUGAACUUGCCGAAGCCCCCUCACUUUCUGGGGGAAUAGGGAGCUGGUGGGAACAGAGAACUUGGCCUAUGGCCCCUAGAGAGGUCAAAAGAAAUGGACUGCUGAGGGGCAACUUUUCAAGGGGCUGAUGUCUUUACUCAGGGGACAAGGAGUGGUAGACCUCCGGGUCAUUGUCAAGGUGAUCAGACCUCUCUAGGAACUUCCCUACAUGUUAUGCUUCCCUCUUCUGCAGCUGCAGCCCAGGGCCAUCCCAGGGCCAAGGGUGGAGGGAGAGGACAGUAUACACUUUGACCUGGGCAAACCUGGAAAGUCAUCCUGGAAGUUAGGCUUAGCCUCUUCUACUGUGUGCAGAGAUAGAGCAAGAAAGUAAGCCCAAGCCCAGCCUUGCGCAUCAGGAAGUCGCCUUCGUGGAGCUCAUUUAUUGAGCACCUACUACCUACCAGGUAUUGGUGACUAGAAUGUGGAGUUAAUAGUCUAAGGCGGACAGCUGAUAAGUCGGCAAACUGUACCUGUUAGUAUAACAACAAAACCAUGCAUGUUCCGUGGCAUACGAGUGUUUGUUGCUCAUGCCUGUAGGGUCAUCUGGGAGGCUCUGUUGAUCUUGGCUGGGCUCCCACACCUGCCUGUGGGUGGGCUCCUGCCGGUCACCCCACAGUGGCUUAGGCAGGGAUGAGUGGGGUGGUCACAUAGCUCUCAUCACCAGCAGGCUGGUGUGGUUGUGACGCCCUGGCAGCGACAGAGCUUGCAAGGGAGCAAAGGGAAACACAUAAGGCCCUUGAGGUCAAGACUCAUUGCCCCCCACCCCCCGAAAAGAUCACAAAGAAAGCUUAGAUUUAAGGGAUGGAGGUUGGGGGGAUGAUCUCCAUCUUGCCAGUGAAAGAAAUGACAAAGUCAUGUGGCUUCAAGGAAGGGCGGAGAAUAGGGGCAUUGUUGUAAACAAUCACACAAACACAAGGGUCAGAAAGCCUGCAGAGAGGAAAGGACUACAGUGCUGAGGUGGGGAAGCUUUGCAAGGAGGGUAGACUAAGGAGGCCUUCUCUCUGAGGAGGUGAGAAAGAGUUGGUCAAAGCACGUGGUCUAGGCAGGGAGAGCUUUCCAGG